CACAGACGCACUGGUCUUGCUUAAGGAAGGUCUGAGAGAGCUCAGGAGUUGCCUGGUAAACCUAGACCAUUUUAUGCUGGCUGCAGUGCAAACUAGCUAAAGUACGGGAUUCACUAAAAAGCUGACACAAGAGUUUGGAAAACCCUCCAAGGCUGAGUGUCCAUGUGGGUGGUUGAGAAGAUCCGUGUGUCAGUGGAGAGAACUAACCUGCCCAUCCCUAUCACCGAGUACAGCUUCAGGAUCGCCGACGUCAUGUUCGGGGAUAAGGCCACCUCUGAGAGGAGCAAGAGAAUCUCCCUUUGCCCAAACGUCAUCACUCCUGCCACCAUCCCGGAAUUCUGUAUCCCACCAAAGAUCCCCUCCCAGCAGGAGGUGAAGAGCACGGAGUUCUUCAGGACUGGACCUGGAUCCAGCCCCAGUGCUGAGACGCUGGAUCGGGAGGUGAUCAGUACGCACAUCAUCCAGGUGGAGAGUGUGGAAGAGGCGCCAUUUGACAAUGGGUACAGCGAUGAGGAGACCACUAACGCAGACCCGCAAAGCCAAGCUGCCCUCUCCCUCCCCCAUCUGGCCAAAGCACAGACCUGCUACGGUUUCUGCACCCUGCUGGAGAGCCCCCACACAAGGAGGAAGGAGUCCCUGUUCCACAGUGACCCCAGCUCUUGCGGCAUCCCCCUGGUCCUCUCCAGAAACCGGCCCAGUACGUGCUCCAAAGCCUUCGGCCUCGGCGCGCUGAGCUCCCGGCUCUCCCCUCGGGGCCUGGCACUGAGACGGCAAGGCACCCAGGACAGUGACACCACCUCCUCCACUGAGUCCUCCCCCUUCAGCUCACCGCUGCUUGCCCGCUCGCUCCCCAAGUCGUCGCUCUUCAAGACCCUGAGCCACGAGAGGCUGCUGGCCAGGAGCGCCAGGAAAAUGGCUGUGUCCAGGAACAACUCUCUGUCCACCGACGAGGGUAGCUCCACGGACAACAGCCCCAACGUCUUGAGGAGAGCAUCCGACGGCCUUGUAGAGCCUCCGUCCGACGCUUCCAGCCUGGCUCCACCAGCCAUCUUCCCCACCGAACUGGUGCUCUUCAGGGAGAGGGUCACGAGGGAGAGUCGGGUACCCCUGGGCAGGGAUGGGACCCUGAGGCUUUCAGCAGAGUAUUGCCCUGAGAACCAGCAGCUCCGGGUGCGCCUGAUCAGCACUGAGGGGCUUUACGCCCCUUCUGUGGACCCAAAAAGCAUCAACUGCAGCGUGACCAUCUCCAUGAUGCCCGGAAAGUCCCAGAAACAGCGCAGUACUGUUAUCCGGAAAAGCCGGAACCCCAUCUUCAAUGAGGAUUUCUUUUUUGACGGGAUAUCUGAGGAUGGCCUCGGCUUCCGUUCUCUGCGGUUCAAAGUGGUCAAUAAAAUGCCAACAAUGAAGAGGGACUGCACUCUUGGUGACUGUGAGCUUCCUCUGACCACCAUAUUAACUCUGUAAUGUCUGACACUCAUUUCUUCCCGAUUUGUAUGUACAACAUUAUU